UAAUGUUCAACACUAAUGGGUAUAGCCCCGAACGGGAAGUGCUGCAGAAACCCGUGCCGGUGCGCAAACACGUCCGAGCUUCCAGUUCCUGCAUUCGUGUUUGUUAAAGGGGGAUUGAUUCAAGAUGAGGUUCAACUGUACUCAUUCAACACGUCUGAUCAGAACCAGGAACUCGCCCGCCUUAUGUGGCACACGGCCUUGGCCAUGGGGGGAUCCAAGAGCAAGCCCAAGGAUGCGGGCCAUCGAACCCGCAGCCUGGACGUCAACCUCAGCGCCGGAGGAGGGGUCGGUGGCCACCACCUCAGCUCCAAUCAACAGUCCCUGGUGCCCAACCGUAGCCCCACCAUGGACGGGGGUCUCGGUGGCAAUCCGUCUUCGGCCAAUAACGCAGAGCUGAGCCUGUUCGGAGGAGUGGACAACAACGCCGUCACCUCUCCGAACAGAAUCACACUGGCAGGAGGUGUGACGACCUUCGUGGCGUUGUACGACUACGAGUCUCGGACAGCCUCGGAUCUGUCUUUCAGGAAGGGCGAACGUCUCCAGAUAGUCAACAACACGAGGAAGGUGAACUGCAGGGAAGGCGACUGGUGGCUGGCGCGCUCCCUGACCACCGGAGAGAACGGUUACAUCCCCAGCAACUAUGUGGCCCCGUCCGACUCCAUCCAGGCAGAAGAGUGGUUCUUUGGCAAAAUCACGCGCCGCGACUCUGAGCGGCUGCUGCUGAGUCUAGAGAACAGGAGAGGGACUUUCCUGGUGCGGGAGAGCGAGACCACCAAAGGUGCCUACUGUCUGUCGGUGCUGGACUAUGACAACACCAAAGGGCUGAACGUGAAGCACUACAAGAUCCGGAAGCUGGACAGCGGAGGCUUCUACAUCACAUCCCGCACGCAGUUCAGCAACCUGCAGCAGCUCGUCAAUCACUAUCGCAAGCACGCUGACGGGCUGUGUCACAGUCUAACCGACAUCUGUCCUGUGCUGAAGCCUCAGACUCAGGGACUAGCCAAGGACGCCUGGGAGAUCCCCCGAGAUUCCCUCCGCCUCGACCUCAAGCUUGGACAGGGCUGCUUCGGAGAGGUUUGGAUGGGGACAUGGAACGGGACAACGCGCGUGGCGAUCAAGACGCUGAAGCCCGGCACCAUGUCCCCGGAGGCGUUCCUCCAGGAAGCUCAGGUCAUGAAGAAGCUGAGGCACGAGAAGCUGGUCCAGCUCUACGCGGUGGUGUCUGAGGAGCCGAUCUACAUCGUCACCGAGUACAUGGGGCAAGGUAGCCUACUGGACUUCCUGAAGGGCGACAUGGGUAAGAUGCUCCGCCUCCCCCAGCUGGUGGACAUGGCCUCACAGAUUGCUUCGGGGAUGGCCUAUGUGGAGAGGAUGAACUAUGUGCACCGGGACCUCAGAGCUGCGAACAUCCUGGUGGGAGACAACAUGGUGUGCAAAGUGGCCGACUUUGGUCUGGCUCGCCUCAUCGAGGAUAAUGAAUAUACUGCCCGGCAAGGGGCCAAGUUUCCCAUCAAGUGGACGGCGCCUGAGGCCGCUCUGUACGGCCGCUUCACCAUCAAAUCUGACGUCUGGUCGUUCGGGGUCCUGCUGACUGAACUCGCCACCAAAGGCCGAGUUCCCUAUCCAGGUAUGGUGAACCGGGAGGUGUUGGACCAGGUGGAGCGUGGCUACAGGAUGCCGUGCCCGGCCGAGUGCCCCGAAUCCAUGCACGAGCUGAUGCUGACCUGCUGGAGGAAGGAGGCCGAGGAGAGGCCCACCUUCGAGUACCUGCAGGGCUUCCUGGAGGAUUACUUCACCUCCACAGAGCCCCAGUACCAGCCAGGGGAGAACCUGUAAACCGGGGGGGCCCGGACGUGGAUUGCGUGCACGUGUAAUGCAUGCGUUAAAAAAAAAAAAAGGAAAAAAACUGAGCAUGUGCAUUUGCUUUGGAGAGCAUGGACAUGUCGCUGUAUGUGUGAGGGGGAUGUGCGUUCACAGUGUGACGGGGGCAGAAAGCCGACAGCAGUCUGGGGGCGAUCAAUCAAGUAACCGUCUGACAUCGAGGAUCGUCAGUGGGACAUUAAAACAAUCAGCCACAUUCACUUCCUGCCUCAUCGUCACGCCCGCCGCCAUGCCGGGAAGAGGAAGGGACUGAACUGUGGUAUUAUUUUGACUUUGUUUUGCAGUUUGUCAAUCGAGUCAACACUCCGCAGAGCCGAGCAGAUUCUUCCACCUUCUCCUGUUUAUGUUUGUACGGUGCCCUCGUAUAAUCUAUACCCCCCGACGCUCUUCCUGUAUCAUUUAACCUGACUGAUCUUGUACUUUACCAAUUUCAACACUGCAAACGACAACCAGACUGUGGCCUCCGCGACUGAACACGGAUUAAAGACGAGAGUUCAGACGACGAACUAUAGACACAAGCAUUGUCCUGCUGAAAAGCGCCACUACAUGAGGUCAAUUUUUCUUUUUUUUUCUUUUUUUUUGUCUGUUCCAAUUUGAAACAUGUGCUCAGACUUUGUCUUCCAUUUCGCCACUUGAGAAGCAACUGUGAGGGGAUUUACAAUACAUUUCCAGGAUACUUUGGUGGUUGUUCUGAUUAGAUCUGGAGGGACCGGAAAAUGAUCUGGUGAAAUUUUCCUCCCUAGUCUUCCCCCUGUGCAACACUGAGACACUGAGUCCUGCCACUGCUGUGAGAUUUUUCCAAAUGAUGCGAACGCGCUCGAUUCCCGUCAGAGUGAGUGGUCCCAUUUAUCGCUGCGAGCAACUGUACGGCACGAGGCGAAGGCGAGGGCGAGGCGGAGCACGUCUCUCUCCUAUUUACUAAUCGUGACUUUUCUUACAAAACAAAAUGCUACUGAUCACUAACGGUCGUCUCAGGAUGGAGAAGACGAGAGUUUUGCCGCGAGGAAUCUUUAUUUUCCCGUGCCAAUGAAAAUCUCUUUUGUACCAAGUGUAUUUUACUACUCUGAACGUUUCUUGCAAAAAAAAAUUAUAAUUAUGAGUUGCAUAAGCAGAGGAUUGUUUUCGAAAGAUAACCCGCUGCUUUAAGAACCCUGCACCUGUUGCACGGUACCAACUGGCUCACCACUGUGGUUCCAAGGUGUCGAUUUGUUGAAAUUAAAAAUUCUUCCAUUGCCUCCUCUCUCUUCUGACGUUUAUUGAUAGGAAGAUUUGUAUUUUGAAUUCGCCUCGGUACUUAGUGCGUCUGUGAGCACACUCUUACACUGGAGAUAUUAUGUUUCUGUUAUGCCUUCCUCCAGCCUGCAGGAACAGACCAGAGAGCCCCCCCCCCCCAAAAAAGCA